GUGUAACCGCUGAAGCCGGGUGAUGGAGCUAGCAGAGCCGUGCUAGCAAAAAUCACCGGACAGAAUAAUUAAUAAUGUCAAUGUGAAUAAGAAUAAGUUGUGCCUUUUAAAAGUCGUUUCAUCCUCCGUUUGCUUCAAAACGCUGACUUUGACUCGGUGAUAUUUCGCUGCUGUCAGUAGUCACCGCAGAUCCAACCAUGCCGCUCCAGUUUGUGUAUAGCGACCAGGACUUUGUUGCGGAUGUGCAUCGGAGCAAUGGAAAUAAACUCGGGGCUGCUUUGAUGCCAACAGAGUUUGACACGACCAUCCAAUCUGGCUGGACAGACAGGAUGAACAGGGGGCUCUUCCGCUACCACCUGGGUGAUUUACAAACACGUGUCCUGCCCGGUCCGCGUGGCUACGUGGCCCAGCUGAAUAUUCAAAGAGGAAUAGAGAGAAGAAAACCUCAGGAGAUACUGAGCAUUCAGCAGGAAUUCAAUGCCAAGCAGUUUAAUUUUAACAAAAUCAACCCAGAAGAAAUCAUAUUUGAGAUGAUAAAGGACGUUGAGGGAGGACAUGAAAAGGGACAGCUGCAUCAACCCUGCAGGAUGGUUGUGCUGGUCAAUGUCAGCCCUUUGGAGUUUGGACAUUGUCUCUUUGUUCCAGAUCCUUCACGCUGUUUCCCACAGGUCAUGACCAGGUUCUCCAUCCAGGUGGGUAUUGAAUCUGUGCUCCUGAGCUCUGAUCCCAGCUUCAGAGUCGGGUUCAACAGUCUCGGAGCAUUUGCGUCUGUCAAUCAUUUGCACCUACACGGGUAUUACCUGGAUCGUGAGCUCAAGAUAGAAUCUGUGCCAGUCAAGCCGCUGGUUCCUGAAAAGGGAUUUUAUCGCUUGCUGGAUUUCCCUGCGGGAUUUUUGUUUUACACAGAAUCGGAGUCAUUGGAGGAAGUUUCCAGAGCUGUCUGUCAGGUCACAGACUUUCUUGUGGACCGUAACAUUGCUCACAACCUGUUCUUGACUAGAGGAUGUCCGCCCUGCGAUCGCUUACGGAGCGAAAAGGAUCGUAGUUUGAGAAAAGGUGUUCGUAUUGUGGUGUGGCCCAGAGCAUCAUGCUUCGGUGCCAAAGAGGAGUCUGCCUUCAAUGUUGCUCUCUGUGAGCUGGCUGGACAUUUACCAUUUAAAAACAAGAAGGACUACGAGCUCACUACUGAGAAAGAUGUCGUGGAUAUCAUCCAGCGGUAUCUUCUGCCUGAUGCAGAGUUUCACACGUUGGAACAGCAGCUUAAUCGUCAUUUGACGGACUCAUGACGUGUGGACGUUUGUGCUGAGAGUUCAAAUCAACCAGGAGCUGCACAUUCUUCACAAGCUCUGACAUGCGGAUACGUCGUGACAUCUGAUUUGAUUUGAUUUUGAUUUAUUUCGAACAUGUAAAAAGGAAAUAAAGAAAAUAUUGCAC